AUGUCAUCUGUCAGAAUUGCCAUCCAAGGAUGUGCCCAUGGCGAACUCGAGCAGAUCUACGCCAAGAUCGAUCCUAAAACGGAUCUUCUCUUGAUUUUAGGUGACUUUCAAGCUCUUCGGAGCACUCAAGACUACCAAGCCCUCAAUGUACCCGCUAAAUACCGUGCCCUUGGUGAUUUCCAUUCCUACUAUAGUGGCGCGUUAACUGCACCUUGUCUUACGAUUUUCAUUGGCGGGAAUCAUGAAAAUAGUGCGUAUUUGCAAGAACUCAAGUAUGGAGGCUGGGUUGCUCCGCGAAUGUAUUAUCUUGGUGAAUUUGGUAGUGUAUGGUAUCGAGGAAUUCAGAUCGCAGGAUGGAGUGGAAUUUUCAAUAGAUCCACGUUCUUGCGCAAUAACAUGUAUGUUGAAAAACCACCGUAUCGCAGAGAUGAACUCGUGAGCGUUUAUCAUCAGAAAUUGACCGCAUUUAUAAAGUUGUAUAUGAUGAAUCAUGACUUGGAUGUGGUGAUGAGUCAUGAUUGGCCCGUGGGAAUUGAAGAUUAUGGUGAUAAACGAAAACUAUUGGCUCUUAAACCGUUUUUUAAGAAGGAUAUAGAGAAUAAGGAGUUGGGGAGUCCGUUGAAUAAGUUCUUAUUGCAUCAUUUACGUCCGAGAUAUUGGUUCUCAGCUCAUUUGCAUGUGUUAUUUGAAGCGAGUGUAAGCUAUAAAGGGGAGGUUAACAGUAAAGAACAGUCGAAGUCUUCUAAUAAUGAUGAGAUAGCAUUGAAUAUGGAUGAUGAAACUGAGAAAGAAAUUUCCAACAAGGACAAGAUAAACUUGGAUAUGGAUGAGGAAGACUUGUAUUUAAGUAACCCACAACCAAAGAAGACACCACCUCGAAUGUCUCCCUCGGACCACAGUACUAACUUCUUAGCAUUGGAUAAAUGUGGGAAACGUCGUAUCCAUCUCCGUCAUAUAACAAUCACCCCUGACGAAGCACACCAAUCCCACCCUUCAUAUAAAGAUAACAAGCUAUAUUAUAGCAGACGAGCAAUUGCGAUUAAUAAAGUACUCGAAACUUAUCUCAAAUCACACGAAGAUGAAUUUCGCGGCAUAAACACAAGAAAGAUCCUUGAAGACCCUCACAACUUAGUUUUGGUUAAUGAGUUGAUGCCAUUGGUGGAAUUGGAAUUGAGAAAGUUGAGUGGGAUGAAGGAUGAAUUGUUUAUUGUGCCGGAGUCUUUUAAAGUUGUAGCUCCAACCGAAGAUGAUGGUUCCCAAUUGAAGUUUUAUCCAAAUAAUCAAACUGAAGAAUAUUGUAAAAAGUUUGAUGUUGUUUCACCGGAUUUAGCAUAA